AAAAAAUACAAGCUGUUUCAAGAUGUUUCUCGAUCUGUCAGAUGCAUCUGCUAGUCAGAAACACCUGUGACGGAAGCUGUAAGAGAGAGAUAAAGAACAGAGCACAAAUGAAGAAGGAGGAAACAGAGAAAGGAAACAGAGACAGAAAGAGAGAGGGUUAAUAAAAGAGGACACAAAAGAGAAGAGAACAAAAAGGUGGAAAGCCAAGAAGAGAAGAACAUUUUCCUACAGCACAUGAGAGACACAUUCACACUCUGAUCCAAGACGCUGGGUGGAUGGUGGAGAGGAGACUGAUUCAAGGUGUGUUUCUCCUGCAUGUCUCACAGCACCCCAAACCCUUAGUUUGAAGUAAGGAGCAGCCAAGGGACACAACAGCGCACAUAUCUGGGGACAAGGGGGCAUUGUUGUAGACCAGGGUACAGGAGGUGGGGAAGGGGGAGGGCAGUUUUCAGGGCAGAAGUAGGGGGGUGGGACAGUUAUCAGUAGAAGACGUGAGAGACUAGGAGUUAUCAAAAUAACACGGGGGGGGGGGGGGGGGCAGAGGGAUGAGCAAGAUACAGCAGAUCCUCCAGGACAUGGUAAUUGAACCGGAUCUACUGGCCGAGCUGAAUGAGGAGCAGAAGCAUAUCCUGUUCUACAAGAUCCGGCAGGAACAGGUUCAGUGCUGGGAAUACCGCGAGACCCAGUUUGAAAAACAGAACCCUGGCCCAUCAGACUGCUCCCAGAAAAGUGGCAAACGGGGCAUACAGUGGCUCCUGGGCUCUGAUGGGGAGGUGUGGGUGUGGGUGAUGGGAGAAGGGCCUGGAGACCGACCAUUUGAGGAGAUUGUGGAGCAGCUGAUGUCAGAGAGAGCCAGGAGACAAGCCCAGCAAGAGGCACAGGAGCUGUGGCGUGUGAAAGAGGCAGAGAUUGAACAGAAGUUCAGAGAAGCAAUGGCCAAAGAGAAGGCUCGCUGUGUGGCAGAAAAAUGGAAGGAGGAGACAGAGGACAGGAAAGAGGAGCGCAUCCGGGAGGAGCUGAAGAAAUGUAAGGAGGAGGAGAGGCAGAGAGGAGAAGAGGAGGUCCGGCGCACAGAGGAGAGGAGGGCAAAGGAGCUGUACAUCUCUCUGCGUCAGGAGGACAGAAGGAGUGAGACAGAGGACAAGGAGAGGCAGGAACAAUUGCAGCGCUCAAAGGCAGCAGAUGAGGAGAUGAAGUUUAAGGCCCGGAGGGCGAGAGAUGAGUAUAAGCGACAGUCGCUCCGGGCAAUCGAGAAAGGGUUGGUGGCUGGGAUCAGCGGCCUGUUCCAGAAAACCCACCUCAAUGGAUCAGGGCAGAACCGCUGGCACAGCUCCGUGAUGGAGUCUUCAAUUACACCGUCACCCACUGAAGCCAUCCAGUCCACAACCAACCCCAGCGGGCAGCCGCCCACAGUACACAACCGUUGGCACCAGAACCGCAGACACAGCACAACCGCUGUGCGCCUCACUGACAGUUCCACGUGGGUGUGGCCACCCCGCCCCUGCUCUCGGGACUCCAUCCUGCAUUGGUUCAGAGAUGAGCAGAGGCCCAAAAGAGCUGGGUAUGAGAGAAACAGCAACAACAUUGCCCCGUGGUUCCAUGGCAUAAUCACUCGUCAGGAAUCUGAAUCUCUGUUGAUGAACGCUGGGGAGGGGUGCUUCCUGGUCAGGUUGAGCGAGCGGAUUUGGGGGUACACCCUGUCUUACCGCACAGCCGCUGGCUUCAAGCACUUCCUUAUCGACGCCUCGGGGGACUAUUACAGUUUUCUGGGUGUCGACCAGAGCCGGCAUGCCACUCUGGCAGACCUCAUUGAUUUCCACAAGGAGGAGGUGAUCACUACAUCAGGAAGAGAGCUGUUGCAGGAGUCCUGUGAGAGAAGCUCCUCCUCAGACUUUGGUGGAUUAUUUCAAGACCUCCAAACCUCCAAACUUCAGUAAUCCCACCUACCCUCACCCUAACAUUUCCUCGGUGUUCCACACACCAUAAUCCUAACUCUGCCCGCACCGGCAGCACUGUCUCUGAGCGCACCCCAGGCAGCGGCCAUAAAAAUGUGCUCCGGUUACCGUGGGGCGCAUGAAUAAACCAGCGGUCCAGCAUUGUCCUCGCAAAAAAAAAGCCACUUGAGUCACAGUCAGAC